AAUGUUAUAUUAGAGUGACUUGUGGUGGGUGGUCUUUCUUUUCUAUAGGUUUCGCCUUCCGUGUUUGACGUGAAAAUAGCCAUCACGUUUAAUAUUACGUCGGAGUGAUAAUAGCCACUACGAAAUACUAAUUUGUUAAAUUAAUUAUUUUAAAUAUGCCGCCCAAGAAGGACACAAAGGGCUCGUCCAAGCAGCCCCAGAAAACUCAAAAGAAAAAAGAAGGAGGAUCUGGUGGCAAAGCCAAAAAGAAGAAGUGGUCCAAAGGAAAAGUUCGUGACAAGUUGAACAACCAAGUUUUGUUCGACAAGGUAUCAUACGAUAAGCUGUACAAAGAAGUUCCAUCGUACAAACUCAUCACUCCAUCUGUUGUCAGUGAACGUUUGAAGGUUCGUGGAUCAUUGGCAAGAAGAGCUUUAGAUGAACUCUGCCAAAAAGGUCUUAUCAAGCAAGUAAUACAACACCGUGCCCAACUUAUAUACACGAGGGUAACUAAAGGAGACGAAUAAGGAUGUUUUUGUAAAAUAAUUAUUUUAUUAAAUAUAUAAAAAUAUUACAAUA